GCCCGCCGCCGCCUCCGCCGCCGCCGCCGCCGCCGCCGCCGCCGCCGCAUUUUCCUCCUCCUCCUCCCCCGCCUCUUCCGUUUCUGGAGGGAAAGGCUGCAGCCUCCUUCGCUCCGCAUCCCCGGCUUAGGUAGUACCGUUUCCUUCUUGCGUGCCCCUCGCCUCGCCGCCACCGUCUCCCUACUCCUCGGAUCUGGGUCCCCGAGCUGGGCGGAAGGCACGCGCCCCACCGCCCCAGCGGACGGUAGGUGAGGUGAAAGCGCUGCUUCAACAUUGCCACUGAGCCUGUGUGAUCAUUCUAAGCUGACAGCCCAGAGGGUGGGUGCCGAUUCCACCAGCACCGCCACUGGAAGCAAGGUUCAGAAUGUCAGAUAUCCUCCGGGAGCUGCUCCGUGUCUCUGAGAAAGCUGCCAACAUCGCCCGGGCAUGCAGGCAGCAGGAAGCCCUCUUCCAGCUGCUGAUAGAAGAAAAGAAAGAGGGAGAAAAGAACAAGAAGUUUGCAGUUGAUUUCAAGACCCUGGCUGAUGUACUGGUACAGGAAGUUAUAAAACAGAAUAUGGAGAACAAGUUUCCAGGCUUGGGAAAAAACAUUUUGGGAGAAGAAUCCAAUGAGUUUACUAAUGAUUUGGGGGAAAAGAUUAUCUUGAGACUGUGUCCAACAGAGGAAGAAACAGUAGAGCUUCUUAGCAAAGUCCUUAAUGGUAACAAGUUGGCGUCUGAAGCAUUAGCCAAGGUUGUCCAUCAGGAUGUCACUUUUACUGACCCAACUCUGGAUUCAAUAGAGAUCAGCAUUCCACAGGACAUUUUGGGAAUCUGGGUGGAUCCCAUAGAUUCAACUUAUCAGUAUAUAAAAGGUUCUGCUGACAUUAAAUCCAACCAAGGAAUCUUCCCCAGUGGACUUCAGUGUGUCACCAUUUUAAUUGGUGUCUAUGACCUACAGACAGGAGUGCCCCUAAUGGGAGUCAUCAACCAACCUUUUGUAUCACAAGAUCUAAACACACUCAGGUGGAAAGGACAGUGCUACUGGGGCCUUUCUUACAUGGAUACCAACAUCCAUUCACUUCAGCGUCUUGACUCUACAAGAAAGAACAGUGAAGCGCGGAGCCAAAUGACUGAAAACACCAGCUCUGAGGCGGAACGCUCCCACCCGUUUUCAGCGGUCAUUAGUACGAGUGAAAAGGACACUAUCAAAGCCGCAUUGUCACGUGUAUGUGGCGAGCGCAUAUUCCGGGCAGCCGGGGCUGGUUACAAGAGCCUUUGUGUUGUCCAAGGCCUUGUUGACAUUUACAUCUUUUCAGAGGAUACCACGUUCAAGUGGGACUCUUGUGCGGCUCAUGCCAUACUCAGGGCCAUGGGUGGGGGAAUGGUAGACUUAAGAGAAUGCCUGCAAAGAAAUUCAGAAAUGGGGCUUGAUUUGCCACAGCUGGUGUACCACGUGGAAAACGAAGGUGCUGCUGGCGUGGAUCGGUGGGCCAACAAGGGAGGACUGAUUGCAUACAGAUCAAGGAAGCAACUGGAGACAUUCCUGAGCCUCCUUAUCCAAAACCUUGCGCCUGUGGAUACAUGCACGUAGAUGAACUCUGUUCUCAUGUACUUGAAAACCCAACUGUGAACAAUUUCCCACAUCUCUUAUCUUUUGAAGACAGCUUUGUCCUAUGGAUGGUCAACAUUCUCCUUCCUCUUUUGAGGAGCAUUUUUCCAUUAUGUGUUCACAAUAACGAUAAUUUCAAUAAAUGAAUGACAUCGUGUAGCAGUUA